AUGGCGGAGGCGGCGGCCAUUAAAGCUGUUGCGGAUUCUUGCAUUGGUAGUCUGAUAAGCUUAACAACAAAGUCUGGUAUGCGAUAUGAAGGUUCUAAGCUUCACGUCAACGCUCAGGAAUGCACCAUAGCUCUUCAGAAUGUGAAAUCUUUUGGGACCGAGGGACGAAGGCCUGCUUUUGUGGUUGCUCCAAGCGACAAAAUCUACAACUACGUAGUUUUCUAUGGCAGUGAUAUGAAUGAUCUGCGCGUUAUAUCUUCACCAUCUUCUCCACCAAGUUUCCCAUCUUUGCUUGAUGAUCCUGCCAUAAUCGAGUCCCGCGAUUCACUUCCUCCACCGAUGCAUACUGGCUUGGCAUCUACGGGUGCUGUUAAAGCACCUAAUCAUCAGCAGUUUACUAGUGCAAUAACUAAAGAAGCUGCUUCUAUUCCUGGAUUGCUACCUGUCCCUAUCCUUAGUACAUCUGUGAACAAGGUGGUGUCAAGAAAGUUUGUCAUUCCCUCAGAUUUACUUCCAAUUCCUAAUGUGGCAGCUUCACUAUCUGUGCAAUCCAGUCCUGGACAGUUUGCUACUCCACAAUCCGGUUUUUCACCUGUCCCUGGACCUCUCACACCAAAUUAUCCACAUGGUCUUCUUUCUGGAGUGAUGAUGGGUUCUGCUAAGAAUGUCAGUGCUAUUCCAGUUUCGUUGAGCUACCCAGAUUUUUGGACUCACCUUCAUCUAAAUACUUGCAGAACGCAAUGGCAAAAGCGAAGAUCAGACCAUCAAAUUAUCAGCAUUAUUAGAACCUCAACCAUCUGGGAAUAUAAUGUUGAAGAAGCAAAGAUGCUGUUAUCACCCUCUCUCUGGGAUUGA